AUGGGCAGCCGCACCAACACCUUGGCCUCGCGCUCCAUCAACGCCAUCGUGAGCGCCAGCGGCCUGGCUGUCGCAACGCUCAAGGACCACGACGGCAGCGGAGCGGGCCAGGAUGUCUACACCUUCCACACCGGAGACGGCACCGUCGCCGAUGGAUGGCCCGCCCUGUCCAGCUGGGUCUCUUUCGACGACAUGUGGAAGGCCAACAGGCCCAUCAUCAUGGAGUCAUGCACCCAGUUCGGCGUGCCCAACAACUCCGCCAACGAGACCCAGAACCUCUACGAGUCGAUCCAGCAGGUCGCCAAGGAGUCGCACCUCGACCACCGCUUCAUCCUGGCCAUCAUCAUGCAGGAAUCCAAGGGCUGUGUCCGCGUCCACACCACCAACUAUGGCGUUCGCAACCCGGGCCUCAUGCAGGACCAUGACGGCACCGGCACUUGCAACGACAACGGCGUGGUCCAGAACCCCUGCCCGAAGAACGAGAUCCUCCAGAUGGUCCGCGAUGGAGCUAUCGGCACCGCCGCCGGUGACGGUCUCGCCAGCCUGAUCAACCAGCAGGGCAAGACCGACGUCUCCGCCUUCUACCGCGCCGCCCGCAUGUACAACUCGGGCUCCAUCUCCAACCAGGCCAACCUGAACGUCGGCGUCGGCACCGCCUGCUACGCCACCGACGUCGCCAACCGUCUCACCGGCUGGGUCAGCGCUGCCUCCCAGUGCACGCUGAGCGCCUAA